AUGGUAUCAUCGAAUUCAAAUCAACCAAAUCCACCUUCAGACCAAACACCAGCUACACCACACACAAACAUCCUACAACAAGCUAAACAAACCCAACAACAAGAUUUAAAACAAUCAGCAACUUAUAUUAAACAACUACAUACAAUAACCAAUCAUUUAAUAUUAUCCAAUUCCAAUUCCGAUCCACUAACUACUAAAAGUAACUUACUAGAUAAAAUCACCACCAUACAUCAACUAAAUAACAAUAUUGAUCAUCAAUUAAAUGAUGAAAUAAGUAGUAGUUAUUAUAAUAUGAUGAAAGUGAAACAAAAAGUUACGAAAAUCAGUCAGGGAUGCAGAAAGAGGUUUGAUGCAAUGAAUGAAGUCGUUAAUCUUGAUGAUAUAGAUACAGAAAUAGGUGGUAUUAGUGGUGAUAGUGACGAUAGACGCAACGUUGGACGUAGUGAAUUUGAAAGAAGGAGUAGUGUUGCCAGACUUGGUUUACAAAAAAGAUGUGAAUUGAUCGAUCAAGAUUUGAGGAUAUUGGAACACACGUUGAAAUUGAAAAAUGAACGAGAUUAA